CACAAAUCAGAAUAUAUAUUUGAAAAAGACCAUGUGGAUGAGGAACCAUUUAGUUCACCCUGCCAAAAAGUGUUGAUCCAAUAAACAAACACGCAAGAGGCGCCAAAUCAAACAAUGUCGUUGAUCCAUCUAUAAUGGAGUUUGGGAAUGGGCAAGAAGAAUUUGGAUGGGCCAACUUGUCGCGACAAAGCCCCCGAAUUUGAAUGGGCUAAAUUGGGCCGUGAACUCGUGAUCAAGGCCCCACGUGGUACCAAUCCUCCCAUUUGUCCUCACUCCUCCAGUCCUCCUCGUCCUCUCCCCUGCGAGCGCCGCUGCCCCCGAACCAUCGCCGCCAGAGCAAGCAUGGCCACGCCGCCGCCACGCCACCGCCGGCCUACGCCGGAGCUGUUCGACGAACUCAUCGAGGAGAUCCUCAUCCGCCUCGCGCCGUACAAGCCCGAGCUCCUCAUCCGGUGCUCGGCCGUCUGCAAACCUUGGCGCCGCCUCCUCACCGGACCCGCCUUCCUCCGCCGCUACCGCGUGUUCCACGGGGCGCCUCCCAUGCCGGGCUUCCUCAUCAACGUGGAACUCCCCGACUACAGCGUCUUCGCCCGGUUCGUCCUCGCCACCUCCUUCCGCCCGCUCACCACCGACCACGACGACUGGUGCGCGCACGACUCCCGGCACGGCCGCGUCCUCUUCCAUGACCCCAGAUCCCCGCAUCCUGAGUUUCCUGAUCCGGAGAUACUCGUCUGGGACCCCGUCACGGGCGCGCGGUGGGAGCUGCCCCUGCCGCCGGUCCCUUGCUGUUACUCGGUCACGGCGGUGCUCUGCGCCGCGGCCGCGCGCGAAGGGGGCGGCGACUGCGACCACCUCGACUGCCACGGCGGGCCCUUCCUCGUGGCGUUCCUGGGAACCACCCUCGGCGGGCUCACGUUCGUCUGCGUCUACUCCUCGGAGGCGGCGGCCUGGGGCGACGCGAUCUACGCCGAGGGCGAGCACCCCGAUGCUCUCGACGACAUGGACAUGAGGCCCAGCGCGCUUGUGAGCAACACAAUCUACUUCAUCUCUUCGCAGAGCAAGGCAAUUGUGGGGUACGACCUGGGCCGCCGGCAGCUCGGGUUCAUCGACCCUCCCUUCGCGGCCGAGGGCUACGCUUUCCUCAUGCCGCUGGUAGGCGGUGGGCUGGGGUUCGCUGGCGUGAGUGGGACCUGCCUGUACCUGUGGUCGAGGGAGGCAGGUCCCGACGGAACCGCGGCAUGGACGCGACGCAGAGCCAUCGAGCUCGACGCACGGCCCACUGGUGGGCUGGCUGGCUUCGCGGAGGGCCUCGGCAUCAUCUUCGUUAGGACACGUGCUGGGGUCUUCGCGAUUGCCCUCAAGUCAGGCCGUGUCACGAAGGUGUCCAUCAGGAAAAAUGUCGACACCGUCAUUCCUUACAGGAGCUUCUACACUCCAGGAAAUCUCUAGUGCAAGCUCUGUACAGCUCAUAUGCUCAUGCCUAGUUCUGAAUUCGGAUUUUGGAGUCAGGCUGCAAGUCCUGUUUAAGUUUGCGCAUAAUACCUAUGCACAAGGGAACCGAGUUAUGAGAUUUUAGGAUAUUCCAAUCUGAUAUGCACUAUUAACUGAUUUUGUUGCAUUCAGUUAGGGAAUGUUAACUCUUGAAUUUGGUUCAGUACAAUUCAGAACCUUUGAUGAUCCAUUCUUU